GGGGAUAUGAAACCUUUAACUCUCAAUAUCCUGAGUGCUGCGUGAAUGGAAAACUCAUUUCCCCAGAGAGGACGGAAGCAGAGAGGAACCUUGCCAGCCACUGUGAGAAGCAGAGUGCCAACCACAAACCUGCUUAUGACCAGGGUGGUCCAGUUGAAAUCCUGCCUUUUCUGUACCUUGGUAGUGCCUAUCAUGCUUCCAAGUGCGAGUUUCUCGCUAACCUGCAUAUCACAGCCCUGCUAAAUGUCUCCAGGAAAAGCUCAGAGUCCUUCAAAGACCAGUAUUGCUACAAGUGGAUCCCAGUGGAGGACAGUCACACAGCAGACAUCAGCUCUCACUUCCAGGAAGCCAUAGACUUCAUUGACCAGGUGCGGCGGGCGGGCGGCAGGAUCCUGGUGCACUGCGAGGCCGGGAUCUCGCGCUCCCCCACCAUCUGCAUGGCCUAUCUCAUGAAGACGAGGAAGCUGCGCCUGGACGAAGCCUUUGAUUACAUCAAGCAGCGCCGGAGCCUGAUCUCACCAAACUUCGGUUUCAUGGGCCAGCUGCUGCAAUACGAGUCAGAGAUCUUGUCUUCCACCCCCAGCCCCCCUGUCACCUCGUGCAAGAGAGAAGCCGCAUCUUUCUUUGCAGAGGAACUGACCUUAGGCAAGAACUUUGAGGGCUCGUGCUUUGCCUUUCCUACCUCAGUGUUGAGUUCUGUGCCCAUCCACUCUCCUGUCCACCAGCUGAAGCUCAGCCCGAUGACGGCGUCUUCGUCCUGCUGAACACCAUGGGGGCCUGGAGCUGGUGUGGUCCUGAUCCAAACUGUGAUCCCCAACAAGAACAUUUCAUGAAUGUGCAAUAGAGAAACUUCAUCCGCUUACUCUGAGAUGGAGUGGUUGUCAUGGGUCAUACUUCCCAUAUGCUGUGACUGUAGGAUGCAAGAGGUUUAAGCAUGGCAGGUUUUCUGAACUUUUAUUGUCCUUUUUUAAAAAAAAAUACAAAGUGCUUUUUUAGGGUUUUAACCACACAAAGUGCACCCACUACUGUAUUUCCAGAUUCCUGGGGAACAAUGAGAAAUCCAUUUAGUAUGUUCUCAGUUCCCAUCUCCUUCCAAUCUUGUUUCUGAAAAGACCCUUACUUAAAGUUUCAAGCAAUAAACAGCAGCAGCAGGGAAGCAAGCAAAAUGAAAAGCACUACCUUUGCAACCACAGAGGUGGAGGGAGUGAAUAUUUGUUCGAAUCUUUCUCUGGCUUUCCUCCUCCCCUCUCCUGUGUCAUGCUUCAGGUAGCAAAGGGCUGGAGUGGGGAGGGGGAGCGCCUUUUCCAGGACACUGCUGCACAACCAGGUGAACAUCCCCUCCUCUGCUCCAGCCUCCGAAGUGUCAGGAAUUGUCCUCAGUGUAACUGGACACCAACCCCGGCCAGUGGGUCCAUUCAGGUGUGGCAUUUCCUGUACUUCUGUAUUUGCCUUUGUACUGGAUGUGCUUUUAAGUAAAGCAGGGACUUAAGGACUAUCAGCUACCCUGCUGAGCUAUUAUCCUCCCAUCUGUUUUUUAAGAACAGCCCUAGAAUACUUGAAUGUCUCAACAAUCCUCAUCACAUCCACAUCCCAAUUGUAAAACACUGUAACUGCUGGACUUCACACCAAAAAAACCUGACAAGCUUUCAGCUCCAAAACAACUUUUUCUCCAUCCCUUCCCAAGUGUUCCCACUGUGUAUCGUGUAUGGUCAAGUGGUCUUUUUCAGUGUUAUGUGACUUGCUUAGAGUGUGUGGUCACCUCUAGUCAGCCUUUGUCCAGAAAAACAUAAUUUCUGUCUUGCUUACAUUGGCUUCUGUGUCCACAGGGAGUUCAGAAUGAUUGUCUCUGUCUGUUGACCUUUUUAGUAUUUUUUAAUAUGUAAUAUGUAUGGGAAAUGGCAAUAAUUUCCAGGAGAUCUCGUGAAUGUGAAAAAAAAAACCUCCAAUGGUUUUUAUGGUAUGUAAAAAAUAAUAAAGGAAAAAAAUGCCAGGAAAAUAAA